GAGCAGAUCUGGAGGAAAACGCUGGCCGCUUUGGGAGAGACCUUGAGCUUGGCUUUUCUCAGCAUCUAGAGGUAGCCCCUCUGCGUUCGUCGUAGAUCCUGGAGGGACGAGGCGACAAAGACUUGACUGACAAACGCAAGAGGUGGACCAGGGGAGGUCGGUGGCACUUCAUUUGCAUGUGUUAAGAGGAAUGUGAGGAAGAUCCAGGGAAGAAAAAUGAAUAUCUCACAACAGCUUCUUGUUGAAUGAUGAUUUUUUUUUCCCUCCCCAUUCAUAAACCCAACACUGCGAUGUAGAGCCAGCUCUCCUGGCUUAGUGAGGUACGGUCCAGUCAGACGCUGAAUGGUUGUGUAGCGUGGUGUGCUGCUCCUUAUUUCUUGCCUGUUUGCACUUUUCAGUGUGCACCGUGUGAUUUCACAGGCUUGGGCUCUUCUUGAAUAGACGGCACAUUUUAAAAGAAGAGCAGCUUGCGAUCUGAGGCGAACUUUGGAUCAUGUGCAGCAUUUUUUGACGCUAAUGUCUUUGCAAUUCAUCUCGAUUACUCCUUAACUUCCGAUUAGGAAUUGAUUUACCAUGACGGCCAUGAAGGGAGAGUCGGAGGACAGCAUCGAGAGCAUCAGGCCUUCGAACCUGCAAGCCUUCGCCAACUCGUCCACGCUGCAUGGCAUGAGCCACAUCUUCGCCUACGGACACAUGACGUUCCGUCGCUUUUUGUGGACUCUGUCGUUUCUGGGCUCCCUCGCGCUGUUGCUUCUGGUGUGCAUGGACCGCGUGUCGUACUACCUUGAGUUUCCUCACGUCACCAAACUGGACGAGGUGGCGGCGCCGAACCUCACGUUUCCUGCGGUGACUUUCUGCAACCUCAACGAGUUCCGCUUUUCCAAGAUCACCAAAAACGAUCUCUAUCACGUGGGAGAACUGCUCGCCCUGCUGAACGAGAACUACCAGAUCGCAAACCCGCACCUGGCAGACCCAGAUGUGCUCGCUGCUCUAAAGGAAAAGGCCAAUUUUGUCAACUUCAAGCCCAAGCAGUUCAACAUGACCGAUUUCUACAACCGAACGGGACACAGCAUCAGUGACAUGCUUCUACAGUGCACUUUCCGAGGCGACACAUGCUACCAUUUCAACUUCACCACAAUUUAUACGAGAUAUGGCAAGUGUUACACCUUCAACUCGGGCCUGGAUGGAAACCCCUUGCUGACGACGUUAAAAGGCGGCACAGGAAAUGGCCUGGAAAUAAUGCUGGAUAUUCAGCAAGAUGAGUACCUGCCAGUGUGGGGAGACACAGAUGAGACAUCGUACGAAGCGGGCAUCAAAGUCCAGAUCCACAGCCAGGAUGAACCGCCCUUCAUAGACCAGCUGGGAUUUGGUGUGGCCCCUGGUUUUCAAACUUUUGUGUCUUGUCAGCAGCAACUGCUUCAGUAUCUUCCACCGCCGUGGGGCGACUGCAGAUCCAAUCCCCUGGACUCGGAAUACUUCUCCACUUACAGCAUAACCGCGUGUCGGAUCGACUGUGAAACCCGGUAUCUGCUGGAGAACUGUAACUGCAGGAUGGUACAUAUGCCAGGCACGUCCACUGUCUGCACACCAGAACAGUACAAGGACUGUGCAGACCCUGCCUUGGAUUUCCUGGUUGAAAAAGACAACAAUUACUGCGUGUGCCAGACUCCAUGCAACAUGACUCGCUACGGCAAGGAGCUUUCCAUGGUGAAAAUACCAAGCAAAGCGUCGGCCAAAUACCUGGCUAAGAAGUUCAACAAAUCAGAGCAGUACAUCGGAGAAAACAUUUUAGUCCUGGAUAUCUUUUUUGAGGCCCUGAAUUAUGAAAAGAUCGAGCAGAAGAAAGCAUACGAAGUGGCUGGUCUGCUUGGUGACAUCGGUGGGCAGAUGGGGCUGUUUAUAGGAGCUAGUGUCCUGACGAUACUGGAAAUAUUUGAUUAUUUGUAUGAGGUGUUUAAGGAUAAAGUGCUGGGCUACUUUCUACGUAAAGGCCGACCACGUCGGAGUGCAAGUGACAAUCUGGACUACUCUGAGAACCCCACCAGCCCUGGUGUCACGCCUAAUCAUACCCCCAGCCUUCACGAUGGAGAUGAUGCAUUGCACAAGUUCAGAGCACAUGCGACACCCUCCGGAGUCACUCGGACAGCCUCGGAUUCGCGCCGAACGUGCUACCUAGUCACCCGACUCUAGGCAACUUCGAGGAGUUCGCCUGUUGACGACGCAGGCGGCGAGGACAAUUAGCGGCCGGACGGCAAACUGUGAUCCCGACUUGUAUACUUGUACAUAUCUACACACACACUAUGUGAAGACUAGAUCGAUUGGUCAAUCAAUAAAUCACCCUGAACAGAAUAACCAUUAAAAAAAAAAAAAAAGUACAAGUAGGCAACACUUUCCAAAACAAAUACUCAGGUUAUAUUAGCGUAACGCAGUAUCAACAGCACCAACUGUUUGUUUUCAUGUUGUAAUAUCGACGAACACACAAUGAUUUCAAAGCUUUCAGACACAACUGUGAACUUGGGUUAUUAAGGCUGCUACUGAAAGUAAACCGAACAAGGCACACCGCUGCGCUAAGUGAGCGUGAACAGGCAUCAGCGUUUACUGUCUUUAAACACUAGGCUUGUGCUGAUAAUUUUUAUAUACGCUGAUAUUUAACACUGUUAAUGUAGACAUGUCACUGUUUGAUUAGCUAGCGUACUCUGUUUGGGUUAUUCAGUCAUCGGCUAACCCUGUAGACAGCACGGCGCUGUCUUGACUCUAAUUGGUCAGUAGGUACUGAUUGAUGAUGUAGAACUGCAGCAUAGAAAUAAUGACUGUUUAAGAACUGGACAAACCGUCCACUGACGCCACCUAAACCUCAGUAAAUCCAUACAUGGUCAAAUGACGCAGAAUAAACAGAGCUGUGUUAUUUGCAACACACCAACUUACAGAGGAACCUCGGCUUACGGAUUUAAUACAUUCCAGAGGCAAGUUCUUAAUGAGAAAUUUGUAUUGCGAAACGCAUUUUCCCAUGGGAAAUAAUGUAAGUGCAGAUAAUCUGUUCCAGUCCCUCAAAAAUAUUACCAAUAUUACCAAUUUCCAAAACUAUAAUCAUAUUUUUCCUUAUGAAAACUAUUAAAAUAACAGUAAACAUACAGUAUGAUUUUUAAGACUUGAAUAUGAAGUAAAAUAUAAAACAAAUAGACAUUAAACUUUACUUAGCCUUAAUUUAUGAUUCCUCGGCACCAGCUGCUUCUUCUUGGGACCCAUGGUGCAAUGUCUUAACCAAAUCUUGUUUAAAAUGCGAAAAAAAUUGUAACCGUACUUCACUAGGCUUUCCACUGACGCGGACAAGGUUUGAACGGCUCCCAAAAAUACACGCAACUGGCUCGAUCGCACAUACGCCGAAAAUGGUUCAUACACUGAAGCAAUGUUUUUCAAACUUCUUUCGUUCUUGAGGCGUUCGUAUGCCGAGGUACUACUGUACCUCAGUCAUCACAAGCUUAGCUUUAGCAAAAAUACCAAGGUGGCUAACUAUCAUUUCUAUGCUAACGUUACAGUACCUUCAAUUUGAUUGAACCCUACAUGUAAUCCUGUGUCAGCUCAUACAGUACGUUUCUUGUGGUAAGUUAUACUGCAGCUGUAAUUCACAUAAUCAUGCAUAAGUUUAUGGAUUAAUAUAAUUUUAAAUAAUAAAUUACAUACAAAUUCACCAUCAUACAGCUGUCAGGAAUGGGAAGUCUAGCUAUGGAGACCGUUGUUGUUGGUCUUUCGGCUGCUCCCGGCAAGGGGUCGCCACAGCGGAAUACCCAGUCCGCACAGGUUUUUACGCCGGAUGCCCUUCCUGACGCAACCCUCCCAUUUGUUUUAUCCGGGCUUGGGACCGGCACUGCAUACUGUGGCUGGGGUUUGGGCACUGACUGGGAAUCGAACCCAGGCCUUCCGCAUGCCGGGCGAAAUACCUACCACUGAGCCACCAGUCCCCUUUUUAGCUAUGGGGACUGUUUUUUUUGUUGUUGUUAAAAUAGAGGUCUAUGGGCAUUGAGUCACUUUAGGAACCUAGUGGUCAUUCGAGGAACUGCAUGUAUUGGCACUUACGCACUGAAAUCAGUUUUCGGAACCAGAGGUUUCCGCAUCACAGCAAGAAAAGGGUGAUAUGUUGAUCUUUAUAUAGCAUUUAUUGAAGGAUUCUCCAGUGUCAAGAGUUAAAGCUAUAAGGGUAAAGGUAAGUAUAACUGUUAAACAGCUAUAGUUGGAUAUAACUGCUAGCUAGUUCUUAGCUAACAUUCUUGAUAAUUAGUGGAGUUUGUGAUUGAGUAGCAAAAAACUUUGUAUAAUAACCAAGUCACCGUUACGUCAUGGUUUUGAGAGGUUGUAGGAAAUAUGAGGUCCAACAAUAAGACGACAAUAUAGGCUGUUAAUUUUUGCAAUGCUGUGUAUUCUAACUUGACCUAGCGUGAUGUAAAAACUUAUCAACACAAGCCUAGUCGACAUCGAAGGAGUAAACAAUGAUGUGGAUAUCAAUUUAUUCCUCUGGUUGAAAUAUGUUUGUCUGUUUACAUUACAUGUACAGUAUAUAAGUGCAAUAAUAUGCAUCAUGUGUUAUUAGAAUAACCAAUGUACUACCCUCACGUCUUAAAGUCAGAAGGAAAAGAUUAGAUUCAGGUUCAGUCAUGAUCUCUCUGAGGCGCGUUUUACUUUUGAUAUGCAUCAUAUAUUUCUAAUCGUUUCUAUGAUAUAUUCUGGUACGGUAUAUAAAACUUCCAGAAGGCCGCGGGAAAGAUUCAGGUUUCAGCGCAUCGCAUUUUCAUGAAACGAGUUCAAUUCAAAAACAUCCGCGCAGUGCAUCCAUCCUGUAACGAUAGAAAAGGAGUUCAUUUUAGUGACGGGUUAUGUCAAAGCCAAGAUUACGCGGUUAUUCAUAAAUGAUACAACGUCCCUUCAGGACAGCUUAAACCUUGCGUCUUUCACGGGACACUGCUCAUAUCGCAUCAAGCUGAGAGUAUACACAGCAAAACAAGGUUUCCCAAAGGCGUCUUCCUUUCUUUGCUUGCAUGCACAAAUUUUCUGCAUAUGAAAGAUUUAUCCGAUGGCGUUCCACAUGCUGCGAGCUGAGACAGAGGAAUGUUAUCACACACUUAAAGAACAAGAACAACAUUGUUUUUUUUUUUUUUUUACAUUUUGCUUCUGCAUCUGGCUAAUCACAUUGUUUUAUAGAACAGGAUUUCUAGCACAUGUAACCAUAUUUUAAGAGUCAAUUGUGAAAUGUAAAUGAACCUAUCUAAUAAACAUAUUUAACCUUC